CUCUCGCUUCUUUCUCUCCAAUGAAUGGCAUCAUGAGUGGCAGCCUCGUGCUCGCGGCUCAAACGCAAGUUGUACCUCAAGUCUGAUAUGCAUCGCGGCGUGAUUCUGUCUUUGUGUUUUACUUUUAUGACUUGCGCCUAUAGGAGUUUCAUCCGACAAGUGGCAUCGGUUUUGUCUCCACUAACGCGGCUGUGUGAGGGAAACUGGUCCACGAAGCCAGACUGGCGCAGUACAAUGUAAAAACAACCAUCCCAAAACUUGGAAGUCUUUCCAAAUAUUUAUCUGAACACACUUUCCCGAGUCUAUGUACACUAUAACUACGGUUACGUCUGGGCUCCAGUAUAUGGAAGACCUGAGCUUGAGUGAGUUUUGCUGCUGAAAACGCUUUAUUGUUCGAAUUCGUUCUCGUGUUCUAAGUGUGACUUUGCUUCUGGAGAUCGUCACAAUUGAUGCCAGUGUAUCUUUGUAAGCUCCUGUAUGAGGUUUGGAAGCCUCGCAGUUUCCUGCCUGGAUGAUGAGCAACCAACCCUUUGAGGAGUACAGUGCAAGACGUCAAGUCGUGCGUCAUGCGAAGGAACCCGUUCGUGGUGGAUGGCUGCUGUCGGAAAGGGUCCCGCAAUGCCCUGCAGGAGCUCUACAACCCCACUCAGCCGGAGUUUUCAGGAGCCGCCAUCCUCCACCAGACCAGGAGAGACCAGGUGGUGGACGCGUGUCGAGUCAACAGUGCGUCCAGUCGUAAGCGGCGAGUGCUGACACCGGCCGACCUCAAACACCUCGUGGUGGACGAAGACCACGAGCUCAUCUACUGCUACGUCCCCAAGGUGGCCUGUACCAACUGGAAGAGGGUGAUGAUGGUGCUCACAGGCCGAGGCAAAUACAGCGACCCGAUGGAAAUCCCCUCAAACGAGGCUCACAUCCCCUCCAACCUGAAGACGCUGAACCAGUACAGCAUCGCCGAGAUCAACCACCGCCUCAAGAGCUACCUGAAGUUCCUCUUCGUCCGCGAGCCCUUCGAGAGGCUGGUCUCUGCGUACCGCAACAAGUUCACCCUCAAGUACAACUCCUCCUUUCAUAAGCGCUUCGGCACCCGGAUCGUGCGUCGCUACCGCAAGAACGCCACGCAGGAAGCUCUGGUGAACGGCGCCGAUGUCAAGUUCAAAGAGUUUGCAGAGUAUCUGGUGGACCCGGCGACGCAGCGGGACGGUCCUCUCAACGAACACUGGCAGACCGUCUACCAGCUCUGCCACCCGUGCCACAUCCACUACGACCUGGUGGGGAAGUAUGAAACGCUGGAGGAGGACGCCAAUUACAUUUUGCGGCUGGUGGGCGUCGGCGAGAAUCUGCGCUUCCCGAGCUACGCCAAGUCCACCAGGACCACAGACGCAAUGACGGCCCAGUUUUUCAGCAACAUCAGCACACAGCAGCAACUCCAACUCUACCAGCUUUACAAGUUGGACUUCCAAAUGUUCAACUACUCCACACCCAGCUACCUGCGGCUGGACUAGGCCAAGCCAGGACUCCUAGAUCGGCGUUAGUGAUGCGUUGCAGGCGAAUCUUUUAGGAACUGUCCUCUGGUCUUACAGGCGUUAGGUCUGAUUUCGAUAUUUAAAUGAUGCUGAGGUGGACAGUGGACCCAGACUGAGGAGGGUUCAUGGUGGAUGAAAAGGACCAAACGCAUGCAGAGAAACGUGGAGUGAAGCAGGUCUUCAAUGAGGGUGUCGCAAGUUAUUCUCAGAGGACAGACUUGAAGUGGGGGGGGGAUUCUUCUGCCCCCCCCCCCUUGUUUAAACAAACUGCUGAUAAAUUAGGCUGCUUCAGAUCCUGCAAAGCAAAGAGCAGCCUUGCACGCGCCCUGACCCCAAUGCAUCGUGGGAACUCAGCUAAUCUCCCAUUAUCCUGAUCAAUAGAGGAACACCGUCAAAUUGUACAACACAUUUCAUGUCCAGUACCUUCCCUGACAGCCGGGGGUGUUGGUGCACAACGGCCUUGAAGCUGGAACUGGCUCGACUGCCGCCUUGAGGCUUCCCCCGUACGACGAUUGAGUUUACCUCGGGUGACCUCCAGACAUGUUGUGGGAUGCUAAAUUUAAUCUGAAUGGAAAUGCCUUUUACUCUCCACCUCAAGGACCGUGAGAUGAGAAUCCUGCUGUACCGUUCACCGGCUGCAUCACCGAGCAUCCUUAACAGUUAAAGCAGCGUAAUGUAUGUUUUUAGGGUGCGAGGUGCACCCCUCCCCCCCGCCAGAGACUGGGCUCUCUCGACUUUGUGAAGGUUUAAAAGGCACUGGAUCUCAUUACCCUGUCCUGUCUUCCCCCGACUCCCCACACUCUGAUGAUCCAACCAGACUUUCAGUAACUUAAAUCCUUUUGUCUUCAUGCUGAUUUUGUUAUUGCUGUCUUUUGAAAACAUUGCUGCGAGCAGCAAUGACAAAGGAUUAUUUAAGAAUUGUUGAUUAAAUAAGAAUGAUUUAAUACGUCUGUCUCUGGACUGAUGUUUUUAUUUUAUUAUUGCUAUGGGACAGAGCUACUUUUUCUCAUCUUUGUCGCUUCAUUCACA